AUGCCACCUGAAGUAUGUCAAAUACAAAAUGGACAAUAUUCUCGUCAAGGUCGAGCAUCGGAUAUUUGGGCACUUGGUGUUCUUUUAUUUGAAAUGAUCUUUGGUUAUCGACCAUUUGAACAUGUUCAAGAUAAUUAUGAUAAAAUGUCUUAUAUAGCUCGAUUAGCACAAAAUCCAAUUAUCCCACCUAUAACUAAUAAUAAUUUACGUGAUGCACUACAACAAUGUUUACAAAUAAAUCCAAUUCAUCGUCCAAGUGCAGAACAAUUAUUACAACAUCCUUUUUUUAGCAAUUGA